GAGCUGGCGGAGCAUCGCGUGGAGCUUGCGGAGAGGCAGCAGCAGGUCAGCCAACUGCAACAAGUUCUCGCAGAGUCCCAGGCUGAAGUCCGCAAGCUGAGCGAGCGCGUGGUUCCAGAACCAGGCGACGUCGCUCCGCUGCCAGCCCUCCAGCGGCGGUUGCGGAAGCUGGAGGAUGCGGACCAGACCCUGGCCAGGGAUGUGCUGGUGCACUUGCAAGACAGGGAGCACAAAAUCGAGACCCUGGCCUCCACAGUGGCGCUUCUUCGCCAGACGGUGGACGACCUCCAGCCCGAAAAG